AUGAAGUUCUCCGCUGUCCUCGCUGUCGCGGCUGCCAGCCAGCUUGCCUCUGCUCACACCACCGUCUGGAACAUCCUCGUCAACGGAAAGGAUGCCGGUGUCGGUAACUCCCAGGGCGGAUACAUAGAUUCUCCCCCCAACAACAACCCCGUCACCGACGUCACCUCGUCCGCCAUGACCUGCAACGUCGCUGGCGUUAAGGCAGCCAAGUCCAUCGCCGUCAAGGGUGGUGACAAGAUUGCUUUCCAGUGGCACCACGACAGCAACCAGGCCUCUGACGACAUCAUCGCCUCCAGCCACAAGGGUCCCAUCAUGGUCUACGCCUCGAAGGCUGGCUCUUCGUACUCGUGGACUAAGAUCUGGGAGGAUGGCUACACCGACGGCAAGUGGGCUGUUGAUAAGCUCAUUGCUGGUUCAUACACUGGCAAGGCUGGUCAGCACGACCUGACUCUUCCCAACCUCGCUCCCGGCGAGUACGUCCUUCGCCCUGAGAUCAACGCCCUCCACGAGGGUGACCGCCAGGGUGGUGCUCAGUUCUACAUGGAGUGUGUCCACAUCAAGGUUGAGGGCUCCGGCACCGCCGUCCUCCCCGCUGGUGUUUCCUUCCCCGGCGCCUACAAGGCUACCGACCCCGGUGUCCUCUUCAACAUCUACUCCGGCUUCACAAGCUACACUGCUCCCGGCCCCAAGGUCUGGAACGGCGCCAGCUCCGGCUCUGCCCCUGCUGCACCCGCCCCCACCAAGGCCCCUGCCGCCACUGCUAAGCCUACCGCCACCAAGACUACCCUUGCUACCGUUGCUAAGCCUACUCCUACCAAGGCUGCCGGUGCUGCUGGCUCCGCCGCCAAGUGGGGCCAGUGCGGCGGUAUCGGUUACACCGGCGCCACUGCUUGCGUUUCUGGCUCGACCUGCACCAAGCAGAGCGACUACUACAGCCAGUGCUUGUAG